AUGGUCGUUUACAAACUGUAUUACUUUCCGCACAUGGGACGUGAAGAAAUAGUUCGUCUGAUGUUUGCACAUGCUAACAUUGAAUACGAAGAUAUACGGAUACCGUAUGAAGAAUGGCCCUCGAAAAAGUCAACAAUGCCCUUUUCCCAACUACCGGUGUUCAAGAUAGAUGGUGACAUCAUAUGUCAGAGUGGGGCGAUACUAAGAUAUGCAGCUCAGAAAUGUGGCCUUGCUGGGUGUAACGAUUUAGAAGUGGCGAAGGCAGACAUGAUCACUGAAUGCUUCUUCGAUAUUAUGCUGAGAUUCCCUUGGCUUGAAACUGAUGAAGCCAAAAAAGCGGAAAGCAUGCGGAAAUGUCUUUACGAGUCUGUACCUCCAUCUUUGAAGCAAAUUGAAGCAAUGUUGGUUAAGAAUGGAGGAGACUAUUUUGUCAGCCAGUUGACACACGCUGAUUUUGCCCUCUUAAACGCUGGUCAAUAUCUUCUUGAACACCGUGAGGAUAUCUUUAAAGACACCCCAAUUCUAUUCAAACAUUUUAAGAAGAUCGAAAGUCUUCCAAGUAUUGCUCAGUGGCUGAAAGUUCGUCCCGGGCAGUGAAAUGCACAAGAUGUGUCUUCUGAGGGAAGCCUGUUGCUGCAAAGUAGUACAGAAAGUUUCUUCUUUAACUAACACCUUAAUAACUGAUCUUCAAGUGAAAUGGACAUAACGUUUGUUUAGCACAUGUACAAAAGCUCUGAAGCUGUCUCUUAUUCAGCAAUACUUAUUAAUUUAGUAAGGGGUCUUAAAGAGAAGCCACCAACCAUAAGAAAUGUUACAGAUUUUACUACAUUGUUUUACCUAAUCCUAACAUACUAACAUGAAGUUAUACACAUAGAUUAGAUCUUGGAUGAAUACGUGAUUUGUUUUAAUAUAACACAACUACCGUUGAAG